UGGGGAUCAACCCCCUCACUGUGAGGAGACCCUAGGCUGGGGCAGAAGAUACUCUUCCUGUACUAUGCCGGGUGGGACAGGGCGCCAUCUCCUGAUCAAAGGUCGACACGGCAGUGGCCCAGAGUUUCUGGGUGGGCCUUCAAUAUCUCACUAUAUGCAAGGUGCUCCUGCCCUUGCUGAAAUGCCCUAACCAGAUCUGAUAAGCAAAGUUUGGAGGGACGGCUAUUGUUUUAGAAGGGCGAGGCUAGAUAAUUCGGUGACAGAAUGCAGCUGAGAGGUGUGCAGGGAUUAACGCUCUCCGGUCUUCACUCCUCAGGGCCUCCUGGUCAGGAUUCCUCCAGGUGCGGCGGAUGGAGGCGUGCGGGAACCUCGGAGCCCCAUAGACUAGUGUCCAUUCUCAGCUCUGCCAGUUACUAGUCUGUCACUUUGAGUCUAACAAGAUGUACCAGGUCCCACUGCCUCUGGACCGGGAUGGGACCCUGGUCCGGCUCCGCUUCACCAUGGUGGCCCUGGUCACAGUCUGCUGCCCACUUGUCGCCUUCCUCUUCUGCAUCCUCUGGUCCCUGCUCUUCCACUUCAAGGAGACAACGGCUACACACUGUGGGGAUGUUCUCUGCAGCCUCCCAGCCCUUGGACCCCGAUGGGACCGUGUUCCGGCUCCGCUUUACAGCAUUUGUCUGGUGGGUCAUCACUUUCCCCGUGUUCGGCUUCUUCUUCUGCAUCAUCUGGUCUCUGCUGUUCCACUUUGAAUACACGGUGGCUACUGACUGUGGGGUGCCGAAUUACCUGCCGUCAGUGAGCUCGGCCAUUGGCGGGGAGGUGCCCCAGCGCUAUGUGUGGCGCUUCUGCAUUGGCCUGCACUCAGCACCCCGCUUCUUGGCAGCCUUCGCCUACUGGAACCACUACCUCAGCUGUGCCUCCCCGUGUCCUGGCUACCGCCUGCUUUGUCGCCUCAACUUCAGCCUCAACGUCAUCGAGAACCUCGCGCUGCUAGUGCUCACCUAUGUCUCCUCCUCCGAGGACUUCACCAUCCACGAAAAUGCUUUCAUUGUGUUCAUCGCAGCAUCCCUUAGUCACAUGCUCCUCACCUGCAUUCUCUGGCGGCUCACCAAGAAGCACACAGUAAGUCAGGAGGACCGCAAGUCCUACAGCUGGAAACAGCGACUCUUCAUCAUCAACUUCAUCUCCUUCUUCUCGGCACUGGCUGUCUACUUCCGGCACAACAUGUAUUGUGAGGCAGGAGUGUAUACCAUCUUUGCCAUCCUGGAGUACACUGUUGUCCUAACCAACAUGGCAUUCCACAUGACAGCCUGGUGGGACUUCGGCAACAAAGAGCUGCUCAUAACCUCUCAGCCUGAGGAAAAGAGAUUCUGAACCCUUCUCUGAUACUGGGAUGAGGCAACCCACUACCCAGAAACAAGAAACAAGAUAGCACUCCAGCCUUCCCCAUCCCUAUGUCCUGUCUGGGCCCCUCUGAAGUUGGGGAGGGGGAAGAAGGGCAUAGGAUAAGGCUGACCCUAGCACUGUUGGCUUCUCCUCCCCAACCCUCACACAGGCACAGAGGCCUUCAAGCAACAUCGCCCUCAACUGAGAGGCCCUAAGAAGCUGAGCUGGCAGGAGAGCUUCACCUCUUGGUGCUAAAAAAAGGCCUGAGGUUCAUGACCACCAUCCAGUUUUUGGCCUUUAGAUAGCCACUUUUGACUGAGGUCAGGGACCGCUGAGCAGUGGCUGCUACCUGAAAACCACAACCAUGUCUAAGUCAUUCACUUGACUAAAGUGUCUGAUGAUCUGCACGGGCCUGCAGGCCUGUGGCUGUAGUCUCUGCUGAGUUUGCCCAGGUGUUGUAGUCCUGUUGUAGUUUACCUCUUUGAUCGUUUUAUGCCCUCGGGUGUGUAUCCUUCCCUGUCAGUCUCAUCAUGCCCACGUGUAUGAUGAGGGGAGGUGUGCCAUGUGAUUUCCAAGGGCUUUGCCGGUGUGGCUUUGAUGCCAUCUGAUGGAGGUGUUCUGUACCUGAAGGAUGACCCAUCCCAGAUAAAGCACCAGCACAGCAUGUAUUUCCCUUUCCUUUCUGAAAUCACUGGCUUUCAGACCCUUUCUCCUUUGCAAAGGGAGAGGGGUCAGAAGCAGUUCCCUACCCCAAAAUGGGCUCCCUGGUGUCCUAUCUUCUCUAUUGCCCUAGACCCUGAGCUCUUUUGGUUGUACAUUUUAUUUCAAAUGACAAUAAAUUUUUUUCUUUUGCCAACAAUCUGGGUUAGGCAUGCUAAUCUUGUCUAAUGAGAACUGAGGUGAGAGAUGGGCUCCAGAAUGGAGGGAAUAAAUCCACAGCAGGGUUAUUACUCCAUCUGGCACCAACUCCCCCCUCCCUUUUUCAGGCUUGGAAUCUCUCUAAGACUGGUCUGAACCCAGAGAGAAGUGAUUGAGCCGUUCUUGUAAUGACUCCAGGCCUAGAAGAUGGGAAAUUUAGGAGAGUCUUCAGUUGAGGCAGAAGCCUAGGUUCUAACUUCAACUCCUGUCAGUAAACAUCUGUCCUCUUACAGGUGUACAGGGACAGCGGUCAGAUGCAUGACUAAGAGCACCUGCCUUCAGGCUGAUGGCUCUCAACCUCUGCCUUUCUGAGGCCUAGACCAAGAAGUUUUUGUCAAGUUUUGCAUUUUAGUCCACUGUAGCAUCAAUGACUGGGCCCCAGAGCUUUGUUAGGGAAAUUGGGGGGUUGGAGGGUAGCCACAAUGAUGCCUAUUGUCUUCUGUCCCCUCU